AUGGAUCGUAUUCGCGAUAAGCUAGAACGCUAUCAGCCUGAUGAAAAAACAAAAAUCCUUUGCAGGAAAUACAUAUUUUUCCUGACGUUUUAUAAUUUAUUUGUUUUAAUAUUAUUUAUUUAUAGUUUCUUUACCAGUUCAUUAUCACCUUAUGGUUGGUUACUUUUUACGAAUCUUUAUUUUUGCGUUUUCCCUGUGUUUACAUUUAUCGGUAAAUCCUAUGUACCUUCGUUGUUGAGGUUUUAUAAUUGGAUGCUCCUGGUUUCUAGCAUUAUUUCCUUUUAUAUAAUUUUUGAGGGGAUAUUUACAUAUGCUAAGUUGGACCUCAUUUUUGUUAUCAUUUAUUCCCUGUUAACAUGGGUUAGUACUGCCUUCUGUUGGAUAGCUACACAAAAUAUAUACGAUGGUGUAAGAAUGCACAAUUCGCUCCUGGACAGUUUAAAUCCUAAGGCUAAUAAAAAAGACGAUGAAAAUAAUAAAAAAUGGGGUAUUAAAAAAAAAUUUUUUGGCAAAGGAAAGACAACAAAGGAUUCGAAUUAUACUGAAGUGUAA